AUGUCGGGCCUCGAAGGUGGCAAAAAGAAGCCUCUGAAACAGCCCAAGAAGCAGGCCAAAAAGAUGGACAAGGAAGAUGAGGCUUUCAAACAGGAACAAAAAGAGGAACAGAAGAAACCCAAGGAGCUAAAAGCCAACGCCGCGGGCAAGGGACCCCUGGCCACAGGUGGAAUUAAGAAAUCUGGCAAAGAGUAA